AUUGGGUUGAAACCUGCCAGUCCAAUCUGACGACACUGAGUAUAUCGGUGAAAGGUCACUCCAAGUCUUUGAAAACAUGGCGUCGGCUGUAAUCAGAAGGUUUUCAGCAUUUAAAAGCGAUCUAACCAUGCCAUUAACGUAUCUGCAAAGAAGGUUUAUUAGCUGUGGCCCAAAAGUUUUGUUUCAAAACAACCUUCCUCAAGCUGGAUUUUUCCCUCCGGACGAAGGGGUGAUGUUGCCCCCCGGUUCGUUCAAAAACAAAGUUGCCUUCAUAACCGGAGGUGGCACGGGUCUGGGGAAGGGAAUGACCACCACACUCUCUACACUGGGUGCCAAAUGUGUCAUUGCAAGCAGAAAGUUGGAUGUUUUAAAACAGACUGCAGAGGAAAUAUCAAGCCAAACAGGAAAUGAGGUUUAUGCUGUGCAGUGUGACGUGAGGGACCCCUCAUCAGUGAAGGCAUGCAUUGAUGAGCUCAUCAAUGUUGCAGGCCUGCCUGAUGUUGUGAUCAACAAUGCAGCUGGGAACUUCAUCGCCCCCUCCGAGAAGCUGUCAGCCAAUGCCUGGAAAACCAUAACUGACAUUGUUCUCAACGGCACUGCCUAUGUAACCCUGGAGGUCGGGAAGCGGCUGAUCAAAGCUGAGAAAGGUGCUGCAUUCUUGGCCAUAACUACGAUCUAUGCGGAAACCGGCUCGGGUUUUGUGGUACCCAGCGCCUCAGCUAAAGCAGGAGUUGAGGCACUGUGCAAGUCCCUAGCAGCUGAGUGGGGGAGGUAUGGCAUGCGAUUCAACAUCAUUCAGCCAGGCCCAAUAAAGACUAAGGGAGCCUUCAGUCGCCUGGACCCAAUGGGCACGUUUGAGAAGUCGUUGAUCAGCCGAAUACCGACGGGUCGCCUUGGCACUCCUGGGGAAAUAGCCAAUCUGGCGGCCUACCUCUGUAGCGACUACGCUUCCUGGGUGUCAGGAGCGGUCAUUAGAAUGGAUGGGGGGGAGUAUGUCUCAAUUGCUGGCGAGUUCAACCUCCUGAAAAAGGUCACAAACGAGCAGUGGUCUAUGAUGGAAGCGAUGAUCAGGAAGACCAAGGAAUCCUAAUAUCUGCCACAGACAUUUGGCUGACUGAAUGUGUUCUGUACCGAAGCAGAAACUUGUAUGUAGCCUGUGAACUGGAGGCUGUAGUCCCCGCCCUGUUGACCUUUGAACCUUUUUGCACAUUGUUUAAUAUGUCAGUCCUACCAGCUGUCUUGGCAGCAUUAAAAAAAUACACAGUAUUUCUUGUCAACACAUUUAAUAGACGUGCCUUUAACCGUCCUUUUAUAAUGUAACUGAUUACACUGAUGGACUUCCAGUUGCUCGCUAACCUUUGAGAAUACAGAUUUUUUAUUAAAAUAUGCAGGCAGCUGAUUGCAAUCUGAUGCGCUUCAAUCAAACUUGUGUUAACCGUUUCAGGGGGCACAAAUGCUACGUGUAGCUUGGAAUUCAAACAUGAACCUCAACAGUACAGAUGCGUAGUACCGGAAAGGAAUUCAUAUUCCAGACAGGUUCUUAUUUUAGAAAAGUGUUUGGAAUUGAUUUAAUUACAUACAUGAAUGCUCUCUGAAUUUAAUUAUUUUGUAAGAUUGAAGAUGACCCUGUGAAUGACCAUAAAGAUCUGUAUGAUAAUAA